AUGCCGGAAGACAUGUCUAUGAUCCCGUACAAUGGUGGAAAUCUAGACGUGGUGCUUCGGCACAACGACUCCGUGGUGGUCUUUGACCAUGAUUCCCAACAACUCGCGCUCAGACGGACGGGAGAUGACGAGGAAGACGAUAUGGAGCUAGCGAAUUGUCCGCUCUGCCAUCGUCCAAUGCGUGAAGCCAAUCGAGGAAGGCACCGAGGCAGUCCGCAGCCAGAGGCGGAAUUCAUCAAUCCAAACUACUUUCGCAUGCUCGACAAUAGCUUGCCCAGCUCUGAGAGCCCGUCGAGGCCAUCAUCACCACGCCGUCGCCUUGUUCGUUCCGCACUUCCUGCCGGUCCCACGAGCGAACCAACAACUACACCGUCGCCCGUCACAGGUCAAGGAAUCUCUUCGUCGGCAUUUAGUCAAGACUACUUUAAGCGCUUUUUCGUGGAAGAGAAAGUACUCGGAAAAGGUGGCAAAGGCGUGGUUUUGCUGGUGAGACACGUUCUGGAUGGUGUGUCCCUUGGACAUUUUGCUUGCAAGCGUGUGCCGGUCGGAGACGACCAUGAGUGGUUAGAGAAAGUCCUGGGAGAAGUACAGUUGUUGCAAAACCUCUCCCAUCAAAAUCUGGUUUCCUACCGACACGUCUGGCUUGAAAAUGCCAGAAUCAGUACCUUUGGCCCCAGUGUUCCAUGCGCUUUUAUCAUCCAGCAAUAUUGUAAUGCGGGCGAUCUCCACCAUUACCUCUGUGGGAGUAUGCAAACGACGACGACGGCUCAACAACUCAAGGACCGACUACGGAGGAGAUCCAAAGGAGAACCAGAAUUGAAGCCCGAGACCCAGGGACCCAGAGUGCUUCCGCUAGAUCAGAUCUAUUCUUUCUUCAGAGAUAUCACCGCUGGCCUUCGACACCUGCACAUGAACGGCUACAUUCACCGCGACCUGAAGCCUAACAACUGUCUUCUUCACGAGACGAGCGAUGGUCUACGUGUAUUGGUCAGCGAUUUUGGCGAAGUUCAAUCACAGAAUGCUAUGCGCAAAUCCACCGGUGCCACUGGAACAGUGUCCUACUGUGCUCCCGAGGUCCUACGUCAAGAAUACCCUGGAGGACCCUUUGGGAAUUUUUCUUUCAAAUCCGACAUCUUCUCACUGGGAAUGAUCCUCUACUUCUUAUGUUUCGGCGAUCUCCCUUAUCAGAGUGCCGAUAUCUUGAACGAAGACAAUGAAGAUUUGGACGAGCUCCGCGAAGAGAUCACGCACUGGGCUGGAUUCGAUAACGUUCGGCGCCGGCGACCUGAUCUACCAGCUAAGCUGUACUCGUUUUUGGACCACUUGCUCUCAGUAAACCCAGAUCAGCGUCCCACAGCAGACGAAGUAUUGAGCGGCAUUCAAGCUGCCAACAAUGCGGGCGAGAACUUCAGGUUGAAGCGCAACAACUCAACAGGGCCAGACUUGACUGGACCUGGGAGAGUUCAUGCAGUCGAGUCCGUGUCGCCUCGACCAUCGCUUGAUCGAGCGUUGUCACCGGUGACGAAGAGAACCGACAGGAGCCCCAUCUCUGUACCACGUGAAUCUCCUUUUGAUGCAGGCACUGGAUCCCGCGGCCCUCCAGCAUCUGACACAGUCUUCGAUUCCCGACGUUCCUCAUUGAAACCGGACACUGAUAUGUUCAUGCGGCAAAGGUUCCCCAAUCCUCCGCCGGCCUUUACCGGUCGGACGCUGCCUUCGCACGAAGACAUGCUCAAUUCACAGACCCAGCCCGUCCCACCUGCCCAGCAACUUCAACUUCCCCCGCCUCCGUCCAACUUUUCUUCAUUUCGCCGUAUGAGCACAUCGAUCAUUCCGCCCAUCCUGCAAGUAUCGUUGUUUUUGAUCAAGGUGGUCACGGUGCUGCAUCCUUGCUCACCCAUGGUCGUCAGGCCCUGGCUUUUGUAUCCCCUCCUGUUGUUGGCGGCCAUUACACUCAGGACGCACGAUCCUCGCGUACAAGUACUUUCCACCUUGGGUCAUGUCCUGAUUGUGGGACUCGGUAUGAAGCUUGGAAUGCUCUGUAAAUGGACGCAUAACUACGUGGUGUGA